AUAUCGCGAGAUUUGAAGCGAGCUUUGAGAGCGGAGAGCUGAUGGAGUGAAGAGAGGAGAAAGAGAGGAGAAAGAGAGGAGUUCACCGUCAGAACAGAGCCGUGAACGGGGGUUAUUUUAUACAGCAGCCAUGUUUUCAUGUCGUCUUCUCUGCCUGUUGGCUCUCGCCGUCCUCCAGAGCUCCGUGUCUGCCGAACAGCGGAGGCUCUCUGCAGAAAAUCUGCUGGUGAUCACCGCGGCAACCGAGGAGACCGACGGCUUCACCCGCUUCAUGAGGACGGCCCGAGAGUUCAACUACACCGUCAGGGUCCUGGGUCUGGGGGAGGACUGGAAGGGGGGUGACGUGGCUCGGACGGUGGGCGGAGGUCAGAAGGUCAGAUGGUUGAAGAAGGAACUGCUCAAACACUCUGACAAGAAGGACAUGGUCGUCAUGUUUGUGGACAGCUACGACGUGAUCUUCGCAUCCGGUCCGGAGGAGCUGCUGUCCAAGUUUUCCCGUCUGGGUCACAGAGUGGUUUUCUCAGCCGAGGGAUUCUGCUGGCCCGACCAGAGGCUGGCCUCCAAAUACCCAGAGGUGCAUGCUGGGAAACGCUACCUCAACUCCGGAGGGUUCAUCGGCUUCGCCUCAGACCUCAGUACGAUCGUCCAGCAGUGGAAGUACAAAGACAACGAUGACGACCAGCUUUUCUACACCAGAAUCUACCUGGACAAGAUACAGAGGACCAAGUACAACAUGACUCUGGAUCACCGUUCCCGAAUCUUCCAAAACCUGAACGGAGCUGUUGAUGAAGUCGUCCUGAAGUUUGAGAGGGCAAAGGUCAGAGCGAGGAACGUCGCCUACGACACGCUUCCUGUCGUCAUCCACGGCAACGGCCCCACCAAGCUGCAGCUGAACUACCUGGGUAACUACGUACCGACGGCGUGGACCUUUGAGAACGGCUGUGGGAUCUGCGAUGACGACCUGCUGCUGUUGAACGACGCUCCCGACGAGGAGAUGCCUCUGGUGUACGUCGCUGUGUUCAUCGAACACGCCACACCCUUCAUGGAGGAGUUCUUGGACCGACUGACGACCCUCAACUACCCGCCAGAGAGGAUCCGCCUCUUCAUCCACAACAACGUUGUGUACCACGAGCGCCACAUCCAGAAGUUCUGGGAGCGUUACAGAGCGCUGUUCCCCGACGCCCUGCUGGUCGGACCCGAGGAGAACCUGAAGGAGAACAAGGCCAGAAACAUGGCUGUCGAGGCCUGUAAGAAGGAUCCACAGUGUGAUUACUACUUCAGCAUCGACUCCGACGUGGCCCUGACCAACGUCGACACACUGAGGAUACUGAUCGAGGAAAACAAGUCAGUUAUAGCUCCAAUGUUGUCCCGACACGGGAAACUGUGGAGUAACUUCUGGGGCGCUCUGAGUCCUGAAGGAUACUACUCCAGAUCUGAAGACUACAUCGAGAUCGUCCAGGCAAAGAGGAUCGGACUGUGGAACGUGCCGUACAUCACUCAGGCCUACCUGAUCAAAGGCAGCGUGCUGCGGUCCAAACUGUCCCAGGUGAGCCUGUACGUGGACCAGGAGAUGGACCCUGACAUGGUCUUCUGCAGGACCAUCAGAGACCAGGGAGUCUUCAUGUUUGUGUCCAACCGCGAUGAGUUUGGUCGUCUGGUGGCGUCGUCCAACUUCAACACAUCCAGACUGCACCCCGACAUGUGGCAGAUCUUCGAUAACCCUGUGGACUGGAAGGAGAAGUAUGUGAAUGAGAACUACUCCAGGAUCUUUGAAGACGAGAAGAACUUUGUGCAGCAGCCCUGUCCAGAUGUGUACUGGUUCCCAGCCUUCUCAGAGAAGAUGUGUGAUCACCUGGUGGAGACCAUGGAGCACAACGGUGAAUGGUCUGGAGGCUCUCACAAGGACGAGCGUCUGGCCGGUGGUUAUGAGAACGUCCCGACUGUGGACAUCCACAUGACUCAGAUCGGCUUUGAGAAGGAGUGGCUCAAGUUCCUAAAGGAGUACAUCGUCCCCGUCACCGAGAAACUCUACCCCGGAUAUUUCCCCAAGGCUCAGGCCAUCAUGAACUUUGUGGUUCGUUAUCGUCCCGACGAGCAGCCGUCUCUGCGACCGCAUCACGACUCCUCCACCUUCACCAUCAACAUCGCCCUGAACAGCAAGGGCGACGACUACGAGGGUGGGGGCUGCAGGUUCCUGCGUUACGACUGUAAGGUGGAGUCUCCUAAGAAGGGCUGGUCCUUCAUGCACCCUGGCCGCCUGACGCACUACCACGAGGGUCUGCCCACCACCAGAGGGACCAGAUACAUCAUGGUGUCCUUCGUAGACCCCUAGUGUGUGUGUGUGUGUGUGUGUGUGUGUGAGAACGUUAGUCGACCUCAUCAUCACAGAUGGAGACAGCCAGGACGGAGGAUUAUACGUGAUGACCUUGAACACAUCGUCUCAGAACAUAUCACAACUUCUUUUUCUGUCUCGUCUCUGAUUGGACGAUCCAGCUCACCUGUAUCAUUUCAGUGUGACCUCAUCGCAGGUGUGACCGCUCAGAGUCAGAGGGGACAUUUCAGAAUAAGAGUCACUUUAUUUACCUUCAUUUUUAGUAACAAGACAAAUGUGGCAUUUCAAAAUAAGAGUCUGUGGUGGAGGUUAAAAUCACUUAAAGUCACCGUGCUGCCUUACCUGAUUACACUACCUGGAUCUAUGCAAGUGUGUGUCUGUCUGUCUGUCUGUGUGUGUGUGUGUGUGUGUGUGUGUGUGUGUGUGUGUGUGUGUGUGUGUGUGUGUGUCUGUGUGUGUGUCUGUGUGUGUGUCUGUGUGUGUCUGUGUGUGUCUGUCUGUGUGUGUGUGUGUCUGUGUGUGUCUGUGUGUGUCUGUGUGUGUGUCUGUGUGUGUGUCUGUGUGUGUGUGUGUGACACUCGCUCACACUCUAAUAGUGCCGUAGCUGCAGAUUAGAGUUCCUGAAUGUUUCACUGUUUCACUCCCUCCUGCAGCUUCUUGGUUCCCUCAGCGACUGAAUGAGUUCAAACAUUUCACAACAAACCAACCUUCAUGAGAAUGAAUCGACUUACAGAGGAUUAUUUAGGAUUAUUAAGCUCCGAUAAAGCUCCACAGGUUGCUUUGAUUCCCCCCGAACAGCGAGUGUUCAAUCAGGAGAGAAAUCAGUGCGAUAAAGAGAUAAAAUAUGUUUGUAAAAGGGUUUAAAAGUAUAUUUUCUACCAAGGAGUGUGUAGUAAAAGUGUGUAAAUGUUGAGGAGGUGAGAGAUAUUUUUAAACACUAAUGGUUGUUGUUAUAUUUCAUGUUUUCUUCUUCAUUGUUUAGUGUUUCCAUCAUGUAGUCGAGUAUUUCCACCGUCGACUCUCUGGCUUUGUACAAACUGCAUUAAAUUAUUUGUUAAUGACUGAGCGAAUAAAGUUUUGAGAUUUAAAUAAACAAUUUUACUGUGA